AAUAUUUUUGGUCCGAACAUGAAAUCUAUUUUCAAAAAACCUGGUUAUCUCCUGUGAACAACCAGACCCAUAGACCAUAGUUUGGAUUUUUGUCUCAGCGGGUUUUUGUUUUCCCCUGUUAUCUCUCUGUCACGCUUUGAAAAGACGUGUUUUUGUAUCUUCAUUAACAUUUACAUUUUGGUUCCUGCAAUAAUGGAUUUGAUGUUCCCUCUGAAACCCCCCAGUGUUAUUCUCAAGGCACCACCCUCUUCAUCUCUCUUGUUCCCUCUUCCUCUCAGGUUUCGCACCGUUUCUGCUUUCAAGCAUGCCAAUAUUCAAUGCGAGCUUGACUCCAGACACAACGGUGCUCUCUCUGGUGACUUCGACUCUCGCUUCCUUGAUAGGCAAAAAGCACUAGAAGCAGCGAUGAAUGAUAUAAACAGUUCUUUUGGAAAGGGUAGUGUUACAAGACUGGGCAGUGCUGGUGGAGCUUUGGUUGAAACUUUUCCUAGUGGUUGUUUGACGUUGGACUGUGCUUUAGGUGGUGGUCUUCCUAAAGGAAGAAUUGUAGAGAUAUUUGGGCCAGAAAGCAGUGGGAAAACCACCCUAGCACUUCAUGCUAUUGCAGAAGUGCAGAAGUUAGGAGGCAAUGCAAUGCUUGUUGAUGCGGAGCAUGCUUUUGAUCCUGCAUACUCUAAAGCAUUGGGAGUGGAUGUAGAAAAUUUAAUUGUUUGCCAACCGGAUCAUGGAGAGAUGGCUCUUGAGAUUGCAGAUCGGAUGUGCAGAUCUGGUGCCAUAGAUCUCAUUUGCGUGGAUUCUGUCUCGGCUCUCACUCCACGAGCUGAAAUUGAAGGGGAGAUUGGAAUGCAACAAAUGGGAUUGCAAGCUCGUCUUAUGAGCCAAGCUUUGCGUAAGAUGUCUGGAAAUGCCUCUAAAGCUGGUUGUACUCUUAUAUUUUUGAAUCAAAUAAGAUAUAAGAUUGGUGUCUAUUAUGGAAAUCCGGAAGUGACUAGUGGUGGAAUUGCAUUGAAGUUCUUUGCAUCACUUCGGCUAGAAGUUCGUCCUAUAGGGAAGAUAAAGUCUCCUAAAGGAGAUGAAGAAAUUGGCCUUAAAGUUCGUGCAAGAGUGCAAAAGAGCAAGGUAUCAAGGCCAUACAAACUAGCCGAGUUUGAAAUUAUAUUUGGAGAGGGAAUCAGUAAGCUGGGAUGUGUUUUAGAUUGUGCAGAAAUGAUGGAUAUUGUCUCAAAGAAGGGCUCUUGGUACAGCUAUGGAGACCAUCGGUUGGGACAGGGAAGGGACAAAGCUGUACUAUACUUAAAGGAGAACACAAAUCUUUUAGGAGAAAUUGAAAAGGUAGUUCGGUCUUCAUUGGUUGAUGGAACUAGCCAAACAAACCUUGCAUACAUGAAGAAUAGUCCAGUGCUUCAUCAAGAUGACAACAUACUUGAGGAAAGUCAAUGACUAGUGACUUGUUUGGGUGACAGAUUCCAACUUCCAGAAGCUGGGAAAUUCUUUCUUCACAACAAUUGGAAGUGGAGGUGGCUUUGAUGGUUACACCAACCAUUUAUUGGCUCAUCCAUCCUGCUCCAUUGGAAAUUUUAAGGAAAUUGGAUGGCAUGAGACAAUACAAAAAAAGGGUAAUAGUGAACUUCAAAAAUGAUUAUGAAGGACUGGUUUUUCAACUCAAAAUAUUCAGUGAGUCCCAAAUAAUGUAAUCUAGAUUCGUUAUUCGAUUCUCAUUUAUUGGUAUUAUUGUUUUCCCUCUGCAUGCA